AUGUUUGUUGGCUGUAUUCGUGUUGUGACUGAAAUUGCAGUGGACAUAAAACCUGGUCAAUUGUUUCGUCAUAUCGACUUCUACCUUUUAUGGUUGAUCGAACUUUGUAACAGCGUGCCGCUUACACUUUUAACUUCUUCCUAUAAAUUAUUUGGUCAGUCGUUUAUCAGUGAUGAUAAGUACCUAUCAAUUAUAGUUACAAUGACUGCAGUUUUCAAUGCCGGUGGCCGUAUUAUAUGGGGAUCAAUUGUGGAUCGAUUUUCAUACAAGAUUCCGUUUUGUAUAAUAAGCCUGAUUUGGGCCAUCCUUCUUUUGACGUUUCCUUACAUCAGUCUGACGGAUGGAUUGACGGCGAAAAUGCUUUAUUGUAUUUGGGGUAUUGGAGGUUUUCUUUUUUUAAGCAGUGUAUCAACAGUGGCUCCAGCAGCCAUAGGGUCGAUGUUCGGAUGCACAAACAUGGCUAUUAACUACGGGAUAAUAGCAUGUGCACGAUGAAUUACCCCAAGCAAGAUCCAUGACUUCCGAUGGCUGAGAAGCCGAUGAUUUCUCGAUGUAGUCGCGCUAGUUUAAAUCAUUCUACUGCUUACUAUGGAUAAAUGUUCAUUGUAUGUGAAACUGCUUAUCCUCGAACUUGUACAACGUGGAUAAUAUGUAAAUCUGUUGGUUUGAAGCAGAUAAUUUGACGAGUUGUAGCCACCAUUCUUACCUUUUAAGCAUAAUGAGUUUUAUGACUACUGUGUUUGAUGUAUUU